AUGGGAACAUGUAUAGCGAAUAAUGUAAAAACAUCAGAAGAUUAUAUGAAGAAGUAUUAGAAUUAAAAAUAAUAUAUCUAUCAAUAAAAGUAAUAAGUUUCUUUGGAUGAUGAUCCAUUAGAUAUAUUUAACUAAGAGGUGAUGUUGGAUCAUCCAGUUUUUAUGUUACAUAAAUUUGAUCCACAAUUACCUAAUAAUGAUGUUUAUUAAAACGAAUAAAUUUAGGAUGGAAAUCUGAAUUCAGAAAACUCGAAAUAAACUUAGAGAUUGAAGUUAGAGAAUCCAAAAGAAUUUAGAAGAGUAUUUAAGGAACUAAGAUUUUAAUAUUCAUCAAAUUUAGUUGAAAGUUACAUCUUGCCAAAUAUCAGUUUAGAAUAAAAUAAAAAUGAUUAUUAUCUGGUGAGCCCGAUUAUAAAUAAUAAUAAUAGUAGGGAGGAGAUUAAUGGAGUUGUACGCUAAGUAAUUAAACGUUUCUAUAUUUAAGGUAAUUGAAUACAAUGGAAAAUCAUUAAUCAAUGUUAUUCAAUCAGAAAGCAAGUAUGUAGCAAUAUAUUGUUUGAUAGUAUCAAAUGAAAACAUAAAAUUUAUAGAUAAUUUAUAAGAUUACAAUUUAAGCAAAUAUACAAAGAUCUAAUAAGGGAACAUGUUUUUAUAUUAAAUAUAAGAUAAUUAAAUGUAAAAUAUUCAUCUUCCUAAUUAUUUUCAUGGUGAUUAUAUUUGUGAAUUACUUAUGUAAAAAAGUAGGAAAAAACCUAAUUUACUACAAUUAAAAAAUGAUUUGAAUGAUGGUUUAUACUUACUUAGUUAUUAAUCAAUAAAAGAACAUUUGAAAAGAAGAUUUAUGAAACAAUAUCAUUUAUGGUCAUGUUUUUGCCUUUCCGAUAACAGAAAUAAACCUUUUUUUGCUUGUUCAAUUUUUGUGAAUUAUUUGAAGAAAUAGCACUUCGAGCUAAACAUUGAAGAAGAAUUUUGUAGAAUAUCAAAAGGAGGAAUACUUUAUUUUAAUUUUGAUAGAAUAAAAUGUUUGGACUUAAAAUAUUAAUUAACAUAGGAAGAAUUAAACUAUGUACUAUCAGCUGACAUAGUAAAAGAUGUAAUAUAUCAUAGUCUAUCGAAUGCUCGACUUUUGAUGUCUUUUUUAGAGCAAAAAUUCUCAGUAAAAAUAAAAGAAAAAAUUAGACUUUUAAGCAACAUUGAUUCACAUUAUUUUAUUUCAAAAGCAUUUUACAAAUAUCCAUAUUUUGUGGAAGAUUUUAAAACUAAAUCAGAACCAUUAAUAUCACUAAGAGAAAAGGCUUAUGAAUGGUUAGCAAAAAAUAAUUAACAAACAUCUUAUGAAUUGUUCUUGCCCAGUUUAUUUUAUAAUUUGAAAAAUGUUAAAUUUUGUAUACCUAAUAUUGCAUUAUUGUAAAAAUGGAUUGAAUAUCUGAAGGAUAUUGGAUGCAAUAAUAUAAUCUAGGAUGCCAAUAUAUUAAUGCAGAUCUAAAAUCCUGAUUAUGUAAUGGAAACAUAAAUUUAUGAUUAAAUUUAAUAUCAAUUAUUUGAUGCCCUACUCAAAGGAUAUUAUUUAGAGAGUUAAUUAUAGGGAAAUUAAGAAAGUUAAAGAUUUUAUGAAUUAGUUAUUAAAAUAUCUCGUUAAUGUUUUGGAGAUUUUAGAAAUCGAGGAAGCAUAUUAUAUCCUAUUGAGGCAUUUUGUUGGCAUCGAUUAUCAGUAUUCAGUUCAUAACAUGGAGAAAUUGAAUAUCAAAGUGUAAUUCAAUAUUUCUUUUCUCAAUUUAUAAAGAUUCCAUUGCCAUGUAAUAAUAUUCAAUGCCAUAAUUACAAAAAUAAAGAUUUAAUCUAAGUUUUAAGAGCAUCAAUAAAAGGGUUCAUGUUAUAUGAUUGGUUAUUUAAGAGAUUUAAUGAACUUUGUGGUGAGAGCUUAGAACAAUAUGAGCCAUAAUUUUGUUAUUAACCAGGAUAGAUUAUAUUGUGGGGAUUUAAUCAGAAUUAUUAAUUAGGAUAGAUGUAUCAGUUAAAAUACAAAAUACCUAUAUCUUUGAAGAGUGAUGUAAUGUUUAUAAAGAUAGCAUGUGGGUACAAACAUACUUUAGCAAUAAGUAAUUUAGGGAGAGUAUAUUGUUGGGGUAAUAAUGAAGAUGGUAAAUGUGGUAGACCAUCAGAAAUUAAAUAUGUUGAAUAUCCUCACCUUAUUGAAAGUUCAAUUGAUAGCAUUUAGAUAGAAUGUGGACAUGAUCAUUCAGUUUACGUGAAUUCAAAAGGAAUGAUCUAUUCCUGGGGUUGUGGAGAGGGAGGUCUUUUAGGGAACAAUAGUCUAAUUUCAACUCAUAUACCUCAGCAAGUCCUGAUUCCAGACUUUUGUUAAUAGAUGAAAUGUGGUGGAUUACACAAUGCUGCCAUUGUUAAUAAUACAUUAUAUGUUUGGGGUAGAGGAGAUGGAGGUCAAUUAGGAUUACCAUUAGAAUUAGGAAUGGAAAUAAGCAUUCCAACCAAAGUUGAUAUAGAUGAUGUUUAAUCAGUGGCUUGUGGUGACGCUCAUACAUUAAUAUUGAAUAGUCAAAAAUAAGUUUAUGGAUGGGGGUAUAAUGAAUAAGGAUAAUUGGGUUUAUCUUUAGAUAUUACAAGUGUAGUAUAACCGACAAUUUUACUUGAAGAUGUUGAUUCAAUUUAUGCAGGAUCUUUGUAAUCAUACUUUCUCAAAAAUGGAAAUCUCUAUGGAUGUGGUUGCAACGAUGAUGGCCAAUUGGGAGUUGAUAUUCAUCUACAAUAACAGGGAAUUUAAUUGAUUCUUAAUCAAAAAAUUGAUAAUAUAGCUAUUGGAUAGGAUCACACACUUUGUUAAUCUUAAGGAAAAGUUUAUGGGUGGGGAUUAAAUAAAUUUGGAGAACUUUGUAAAUAAAAUUAGACCAAACCUACAGAGCUAUUCUCCUAUAAAGUUCAAUCAAUUAGUUGCGGUGCUUAUCAUAGUGGAGUUGUAAUAGCGGGCACUGAAAAAUAUACUGCUUAUAACAAUGAAUAUGAUUAUAAAAUAUAAUUUAUCGAAUGA